GAGCGGAAGAUCAGCUUGUUACCGGAAACGGAGCAAUGGAGGAGCCGGGGACAGAGACCGGGACAGGGACAGUGACGGAGGUACUACACAUCCUAUCUGAAUAUGGCUGGUACAUCCUCUUCAGUUCCAUUGCCAUCUAUUUCAUCCUGCAGAAAAUCAAUGGGAUGCUGCAGUCAAGAAGCCACAAGUGGACCCAGGCUUCGGAGGCCCAGCUCGAACCAUCAUUAAUUCUGAGCCGGCAGGAAGCGAUGGACGCUGCUCGGCAUCGGAUGCAGCAGGAACUGGAUGAACAGGCAGCGAAAUAUCGAGAGAAGCAGAAAGCAAUUGAAGAAGAGAAGAGGAGAGAGAAAAUCGAAGCGUGGGAAAAUAUGCAAGAAGGAAAGAGCACCCGGAAGAGAACAAACCUCCAUCCUGAGUCAGAAUCCAGUGCACCGAGUGCAGCGAAACCCAAAUCCGAUAAGAAGCCCCUGAGAGGCGGUUUUAAUCCUCUGACGGGAGAUGGUGGAGGUUCGUGUUCCUGGAGACCAGGUCGCAGGGGACCAUCUUCUGGGGCAUGAGGUUAAAGGUCGGUCAGUGCCCACUCCUACAGCUAGCACUGACCACAGUUGGAGAUGCACUAUCCUGUUAUCAAAGCUGGUCAAGUUGAGUGAUUUUAUUCUGCUUUGAUUAGUUUCAGCUUGUUGUUAGUCACACCUGACUUUCAAUUUUCACUUUUUAUUAAUGAAAAGAAUCGGAUCUCUCAAUUAUUUAUAAUGUUUACCAAAACUUGAUGAAAUUGACAGCUAUGAAUGAUGCCAUCCUUGUAAAUGGCAGUCCAGCCAAUAAGGAUGUCUGAGAAUGGACAUGGGUAGUGGCAGUAAAUAAUCUUCUCAUGUGAAAAUUUCUUGCUUUUAAGUAUCAAAAUGUGAGUGAAGUUUAUUUUGUUUUAGCUAAAGAUUAAAAGCUUUAAAUAUGUUUGCGAUUCCAGCAGUGCAAUAACUAAAAUGUUGUAUUUGUUUUUGUCAUCUCGAUAUAUAAUAAAUGUACAUCCUGGAUUCGA